UCCUGCAGUGGGCAUCCUUCCUCUGCACUAGAGACACAACUGAGAAAAUGGAGGCGCAGGGCUCCACUGCCUCCUGGCUGGGUCUUAGUCAUCCUGGCUCCCCAGCCCCAGAGCCCCAAGCCUGCAAGGGGGAGCCAUUCUUACAUUCUUUCAACACAUAUUUAUUGAGUGCCUACUAUGUGGCAACCACUCUGCUAGGAGUGGGAGAUCCAGUGAGGAUUGAGACGCGCAGGAUCUUAGCACUCAUGUGGCUUCCUUUCUAGAGGCGUCCUCAGACCAUAUAUCCACAAAUGAAUUAAGAAACCAGAAAAUGACAGAUUGGGUUAGUGACUGUUAGGGUGGUCAAGAAGGGAAUCUGAAGAGGUAGCCAUAUGAGCUGAGAUGUGGGAAGGGCUGAAGUGUGGGAGUAGGGGCAUCCAGGAUGUGGCCAACUACAUGUGCAAAGGCCCUGGGGCAGGAAAGGGCUUGGUAAGGAGGCCAAUGGAAUAGGUGGUGAGAGAGCAAGAGAGAGGGGGUUCAAGAUGGAGUAGGGGAGAGAAGCAAGGCCAUAUCAUCCAGGACCUGUGAGCCACUCCUAAGGAUACUGCAGCCCCAUGCCCAGGAAGAGGCAGCCAUUUCUGUGAGAAGAGGGUAUUCCGUGGAGACUCUCAGCUAAGCUCCCUGAAGGAGGGACACUACAUGUUCUUGGAGUUGGUGAUUCCUGGGGAUGGGCAGAAAAGGAAGCCAGGGACCUGCAGUGUGGGUUAUGCUGGGGGCUCAGAUCACUGCAGACAAUUGAACAAUCAGGACAGCGCCAUGGGGGAUUCACAGGAGAAUGAAGAUAAGCUGGAGGAGUUUCUAGAGCAGAAGGAAUAUGAAGACCUUGGAUUCCCCACGCUCCAGGUGGAGGAAGCAGAAGCUCAGCUCACUGAGCCGACAGCCACAGACUACCACACCGCGUCGCGCCGCCCCCCAGACGUCCUCGAGGUCGUCGUGGAGCUGCGGGAACUGGUGAUGGAUGAAAAGAACCAGGAGCUACAAUGGAUGGAGACAGCGCGCUGGGUGCAGCUAGAGGAGAACCUGGGGAAGGGCGGGAUCUGGGGCCGCCCACACCUGUCUUACCUCACCUUCUGGAGCCUCUUGGAGCUGCAGAAAGCCUUUGCCAAGGGUACUGUCCUCCUGGACCUGCCAGAGAAAUCCCUGGCCGGGGUGGCCAGCCAGCUGCUGGACAGGUUUAUCUUCGAGGGGCAGAUCCAGCCUCAGGACCGAGAAAAUCUGUUCCGGGUCCUGCUGCUCAAACACAGCCACGCCAGAGAUGUGGAGGCCUUGGGGAGUGUGAAGCCUGCAGUCCUGACACGUUCUGGGGACCCUUCACAGCCUCUGCUCCCACAGCAUCCCUCGCUGGAGACAGAGGUCUUCUGUGAACAGGGAGAGGGGAGCGCGGAAGGGCACUCGUCAUCUGGAAUGCUGGGAAAGAGUCCCCAGGACCGGGAGGCCACCCUGGUGCUGGUGGGCUGUGCCAGGUUCCUGGAGCGGCCAGUGCUGGGGUUUGUGCGACUAAAGGAGCCUAUGGAGACGGAGCAGAAGCCACAGGAGCCAGAGGGGCCGGCAGUCCCUGUGCGCUUCCUCAUUGUGUUGCUGGGACCUGAGGCCCCCAACAUUGACUACACCCAGCUGGGCCGGGCUGCUGCCACCCUCAUGUCAGAGAGGGUGUUCCGCACUGACGCAUACUUGGCCCAGAACAAGGAGAUGCUGGUGCAUUCCUUAGAGGGCUUCCUAGACUGCAGUCUGGUGUUGCCGCCCACGGAUGCACCCCCUGAGGAUGCCCUGCUCAGUCUGGUGCCCGUGCAGAAAGAGCUGCUGAAAAGACGCUACCUGCCCAGCUCUGCCAAGCCAGAGCCCAGCUUCCUCAAGGGCCUAGAUUUGAAUGGGGGUCUAGAGGACACCCAGGAUGACCCUCUGCAGCGGACAGGCAGGCUCUUCGGGGGACUGGUACGUGACAUCCGGCGCCGCUACCCCCGCUACUUGAGUGACAUCACAGACGCAUUGAACCCCCAGGUCCUGUCUGCCAUCAUCUUCAUCUACUUUGCUGCCCUGUCACCCGCCAUCACCUUCGGUGGCCUCCUGGGAGAAAAGACCCAUAACCUGAUGGGUGUAUCGGAACUGCUUAUCUCCACCGCGGCGCAGGGCAUCCUCUUCUCCCUGCUGGGGGCUCAGCCCCUGCUCGUGGUGGGCUUCUCAGGACCCCUGCUCGUGUUUGAGGAAGCCUUCUUCUCGUUUUGCAAGAGUAACGGCCUGGAGUACAUCGUGGGCCGUGUGUGGAUUGGCUUCUGGCUCAUCCUGCUGGUGGUGCUGGUGGUGGCCUUCGAGGGCAGCUUCCUGGUCCGCUUCAUCUCCCGCUACACCCAGGAGAUCUUCUCCUUCCUCAUCUCCCUCAUCUUCAUCUAUGAGACCUUCUCCAAGCUGGUCACGAUCUUCCAGGACCACCCACUGCUGGAGAACUAUGACCACAAUGUGACAAGAAUACCCAAACCUCAGGCGCCCCUGCCCAACACAGCCCUCCUCUCUCUUGUGCUCAUGGCUGGCACCUUCUUGUUCGCCAUGAUGCUGCGCAAGUUCAAGAACAGCUCCUACUUCCCUGGCAAGCUGCGACGAGUCAUUGGGGACUUUGGGGUUCCCAUCUCUAUCCUGAUCAUGGUCAUGGUGGAUGCCCUCAUCCAGGACACCUACACCCAGAAACUCAGUGUACCUAAAGGGCUCACCGUAUCCAACACCUCGGCCCGAGGCUGGCUCAUCCACCCGCUGGGCUUAUAUAAGCCAUUUCCCAUCUGGAUGAUGUUUGCCUCCGCCCUGCCUGCCCUGCUGGUCUUCAUCCUCAUCUUCCUUGAGUCCCAGAUCACCACUCUGAUCAUCAGCAAACCGGAGCGCAAGGUGGCCAAGGGCUCUGGCUUCCACCUGGACCUGCUGCUGGUCAUGGGAAUGGGCGGGGUGGCCACCCUCUUUGGGAUGCCCUGGCUCAGUGCCACCACUGUGCGCUCUGUCACCCACGCCAAUGCCCUUACGGUCACGGGCAAGGCCAGCACCCCGGGGACUGCAGCCCAGAUUCAGGAAGUCAAGGAACAGCGGAUCAGCGGGCUCCUGGUCUCUGUGCUCGUGGGCCUGUCCAUCCUCAUGGGGCCCAUCCUGUCCCACAUCCCCUUGGCUGUGCUGUUUGGCAUCUUCCUCUACAUGGGGGUCACAUCCCUCAGUGGCAUCCAGCUUUUUGACCGCAUCUUGCUUCUGUUCAAGCCGCGCAAGUACCACCCAGAUGUGCCCUACGCCAAGCGGGUGAGAACCUGGCGAAUGCACUUGUUCACGGGCACUCAGAUCAUCUGCCUGGUAGUGCUGUGGGUGGUGAGAAGCAUCAAAACCAUCUCGCUGGCCCUGCCAUUCAUCCUCAUCCUCACGGUGCCCCUACGCCACUUCCUGCUGCCACUCAUCUUCCAGAACCUGGAGCUCCAGUGUCUGGAUGCUGACAAUGCCAAGCCGAACUUCGAUGAGGAGAACGGUCAGGAUGAAUACGAUGAGGUGGCCAUGCCUGUGUGAGGGGAGGGCCCAGGCCCCAGAGCCCCCUCCAUCAUUCCACUUCCCCACUCUCCCAGGAAAAGCAGAAGUUCAUGGGUACCCUAUGGACUCCCAGGUCCCUCCUGGGGCAGCAGUCGAGGCCCUGGGGCCACGGGUGGGGGAAGGAAAGGGUGUCUAGGAAACCUUGUAUGAAGGGUAGACUGGCUUUUCUGGAUAGAAAAGGCCAGUGGGGCCCACAGUAGGGGGAUUCGCUGUGCAGUCCCUCCUGUGGCCACACUGCCACCUGGGGGUCCCACCCUGGAAGACUUAGAUUCAAGCCCUACCUCCUCAUGACACAGACACGGGAAGUAAAGAGGA